GGACCAUAUACUAAUAAUAAUAACUUUAUUACUCUACCGAACCAUCAACGGGUUCAGUAUGGUAAAUAAAAAAGUAUUACAAGACUAAGACAACUCGGGCCGUCGCAAGCAGCUGAAUAAAACUGCUUUCAUAUGCCACAAUGAAAACACAUUUAGUUGAUGUCAAAUAUCAUUGCUAAACGUUAAUAUACCGUACGAUACACGUAAGACAGGUCGCAAAAUGAAAAUAAUACCAAGGUCCUUGUAAUGUCUUGUCGAGCGAUAUUGUCUUAAAACCUUAAUAACAUUGUUUUAAAAAAUAACUUGCGAACGAGGCAGAAAAUCACUUCCGGGUAGAUUCCAACAUGGCGAACGGUUUGUUUUGAUAAACAGUCUACAGGUCCCAGUGUUGUAUGUGUCAAGAAUGGAUUCUGAGGGGCGGAGCCAGAGUGGAGAGAAUGAUUCAUAUGUUGAAGAUGCAAUAAAUGCUGUACUUAACAAUGCUGAACAGACGUAUGAUGAAUUCAUCAAUGCAUUUACAAUACUUACACAUGAAGAUGCAAAUCAAUAUGCACCACAAGGUGGUGAUAUCAGCAAUGGAAGAAACCUGACAAACAAUGGUACUUUACAAUCUCACCAACAAUCUGCAGUUAAUGUAAACAGUGCACAACUGACUGAACCCAAUAAUGAUGACUUACAGGAAGAGAUACUGGAUGAAGGAACAAUAGCACCAAGUAUUUUAAUGAGGACAUCGGAAACUACUGGUGGAAAAAUAUUGAAGGUGGAUAAUUAUGUGGACGACGAGGGAUGUUCAAGUUUAAGUAGUGUUAGUAGUGAUACUGAAAAUGAUGAUGAUGUAGAUUUAGACUCAACAUAUCAACCUAGUAGCCUUACAUUAAAUGCAAAUACUGGAGACAAGGGUCCAAGCCUGCAAGAGGAUAACAAAUCAGCGUCAUCAAAUACUGAACUGAAUUAUGAUGCUGAUCACCGUCCCGAGCUCAGCGGCAGUGUUGCAGAAACCGCUCAGUCUUCAGCGCUCAUAUGCAGUGAUCCCCGGAUGAUUUCUGCAACUGAUGAAAAACAAUCAUUUACAAAUGCAAAUAAUUCAGAAGAUGGUAUUAGUAAAAUGACAUCAUCUCUAUCAGCAGUAGGUCAAGGAAGCAUUGUGGACAGAGAAUCUGAUGAAUCAGAGUUAGAGGAUAGUGAUGGUACAGCUGCAUCCUGCAGUGAGGAUAAAAUACUUCCAGGGGAAGCAGAAUACAUUCCAUUGACACCAACAGAGGAUGAAGUGACUAAUAGAACUUUAUUAGAAAUAUCAACCAAAAUAAAACAUGCUGCUAUGGUAACAGAUGAAGAAGCAAACAUUGGUAGUACUAAUGAGGUAUUCCUUGUUGAUCAAUCUGAUUAA